AACGAAAUGUCGGAGCGUGGCAAUUUCCGCGGAGGCCGCGGUGGGCGACGAGGCGAUCGUGGCGGUCGUGGCGGCGGACACGCUCAAGGCGCCGACAGGAAGAAAGAGAAUAUUCUUGAUCUCGCCAAGUACAUGGACAAGGACAUCACCGUGAAAUUCAAUGGAGGAAGAGAAGUUACCGGUACUCUCAAGGGCUAUGACCAACUCAUGAACCUGGUGCUUGACAACGUGAAGGAAACAACAAGAGACGAAGACGGCAACACCAGUACUCGCAAUCUUGGACUUCUCGUGGCUAGAGGAACUCUGCUCGUACUCAUAUCGCCCGUAGACGGCAGCGAGGAAAUCGCGAAUCCAUUCGUGCAAGCUGACGAUGACGACGAGUAAAGAUGAUUCUUUAUGAAGUCCUCGCUUUCUGGCAUAUGAAUUCAUGGGACCUGACCUCCGCACGCAUGGAAAAGAAACCGAAUGAAUGGAUUGAAGAAGAGCUCUCGCAACCUCGUCACUGGAAUUUCGUGCCCACAUAAUCACAAUCUGAGCCAGUGAUUGUGAGACGAGCUGGAACGGACGACACUAUGCCUUGAAGGUGAGCCCUAUGCGGCAACGCGGAAAUGCAGAGUAUACUCGCAGUCUCACCCGUCAUGCAUGACAAGUAGGCUGACAAUCCAAGCUGAACUCAACAUGAUGACUCUUGUAUACUCUCAAACAUAUCUUCCCCCCAAAAAAAUGACUAUCGUAGGGUACAUACUCCAGACGCAAACAGAAAUCCACCCUCAUAGCACAUGUGCUUCAAAAGUCAACGUACGCCAACAAGUAACAAUCGUAACACUCGUCCGUCCACAUAUUACCUAGUAUGGAGUAUUAGCCUUCUUAAUGGCAUCCCAAUCAGGCCCAGCAACGCCUUCCUGUCCAGGUUGAGCAUGUCCAGCCUUGGUACCUGCUCCCUGCCCAGUUCCAAUACUAGCAUUUCGCAGCGCAGGAUCAGUCUCGUGAUAUCCUUCGAUUUGAGGAGUUCCAUCAGUCCCACCAUGACCAUCACCAAACUUGUCGACAUUCAUUGGCAAGCCGGUGUGGGGUUCGAUGACAGUACCCCCCGCUGCACUGCUGGUCGGAGGCAGAUUCUGAGCUUGGCGUUCGGCUUGCUCGACUUCUGCUGCGGCGACAAGGGGGUGGUCGAGAUCACCCUUGUUGUGACCAGUCUUUUCAUUGGAAACAUCCUCGGUCUCUUUGCUAUCGUGUCGGCC